AAAGACUCGUUCAAAAUAAAUACUUGCAUUGCUACAAUAAACAUGUACUCUAUGUGAAAAAGAUAUAAUACUUGAGGUGGCCCGAGAGUGGGUUGGGCCCUAAAAGGUCCGGACACGCGGUGCGGAGCCACCUCAGAUAAACAGAUCCACCAGAGAAGAGGGGAACCGACCAUCCUGAAAUCUUUCCUUGUUAUUUCUCGUGUUGGGCGUGGGUCUUCACGUCGGAUUCUUACUUCUUAACCGUUACCACCACUCGUGAUUGCAGUGCCAAUCGGAUCUGGGUUUCGGUUGAUUUCUUUCUUUUUCGAAAAAAGAUGGGAGAUCAAUUUAGGGGUUCAACAACAGCCAUUGAUUCCUCUAACAUUGGCUUUCAGCUCUUGAAGAAGCACGGGUGGAAGGAAGGAACUGGCCUUGGGAUUUCCGAGCAGGGGAGAUUGGAGCCUGUGCUAACAUAUUUGAAGAAUAACAAGCGUGGACUUGGGGCUGAUCAUAAUAAGAAAUUACUUGUGAAGAAGAAUAACACGACCGAGUCUUCUUCUGCCCCAGCUUCUUCUUCUUCCUCCAAGGACAAAAACAACCAGGAUCGCUCUUCUUCAAGGAAGUCCAAGGCACUGUCUAAGAAACAAAGGAAGAUGCAAGAGCUGGAGAAGCGUUUACAGGAUAAGGAAUUUGAGCGGGGUUUUUUUCGCGAGUUUUGGCCUGAUAAUGUUUGACGAUGGAAAUAGAUCAUCCAUCCCUUUUAGAAUGCCUCGGCUUAGGUUUUGUACAGCAACUCUGGAAUUAUUUCAUGCCAAAAUUUGCAGGCAGGACGGGUCCUUGUUUCUUCCAGUAACUCAAAUUUUAAAUGUUAAACGUAUGCUGUUCAAAAUCA